AACUUUGUUACAUGUACAUGUAUAGGUGAGUUGACAACUUAAUUUAAGGAGUUUGUCAAACUGAAAAAGAAAAAAUCUGUCUCAACUUAUUAACAUAUGGAUUUUCAACACACAGUCUUUCUUCCACCUAACAAUAGAUAAUUAUUAAGUUGGUGAAACUUGUAGAUCUCGUGAUCAAACUUAUAAAGCUGAGUAGCCUACUGGACUGAACGUCAGAACCUUCCAGACCACGCGGUCCACGCCUGAGCAGAAAUGAUGGAACAGGAUCCUGCACAUUCGAAAUCAAAGGAGCCGGAAACACUCACUGGACGUCUUCAAGCCUGAACUGUUGCAGAGAUAACCUUGGUGCCCACUCAAUCGGAGGAUUUGUGGAAAGCUUCUCAAGUACACAUGUAUGCAGGUUCUGUCUUGGAGAAAAAUCCCAGUUCCAAGUAACAAAACUGUCAACAGUAAAUUUGACUGUGCUGAGGGAAGAUCUUAAGAAAGCACUGGAAACAAAACUCCCUGGUGAGUCAUUUGUCCAGUUGGCAAACACUGUGUGUUACAGUGGCACCAGUUACUCCACUGGAAUGAUCUUGGCAUAUGGUUCAACAGGUGGUCUGCCAGAUUUUGCAGAAUUGAUUCAGAUAGUUGUUAUAAAAGGGCAAGUCAGCUUCAUUGUGAAAUGUUUUAAUUCAUGGUUCAUUGAGCAUCUAAGAAGCUAUGAGCUUGAGAACACAAGAAGUGUUAAAGUUAUUGAGCCAAGUGAAUUGUCUGACAUCUUCCCAAUGGCAGCAUACAUGGUUGCAGGAAAGCGCAUGGUGACCUUGAAGCGAUACAUUCAUUUUCCAUAGAGGGUGAAGUAGUUGUUACACCUUAUUAUUUAUUUGACAUUACCCACAACACCUCAUAACACGUCUUUAAUAGACUUCUACAGGUUCCAUGUAUGUAUCUGCUUGUUAGUUUGACAAAAAUGUUUUUAAGGUAACACUGAAGACUUGGUGUGUAGUUUGUUGAUUAAAAAAAAAAUAUCAGUGUUAUGUGAAAGCCAGUUUCUUUCUGGAUCAGUGUUUAUGUUCUUUUUUUGAUAUUCAAUGUUUAGAGGAUUUGACUGGAUGUAUUCUGCUGUUACUCUAAUUGAAGUGAUAUGGUUUCUCUUACAGAUGCCCCAAUGUCUCAAUUACCCAAACUCCGCAUCAUUCUUCAGGACCAUGACAUUCGCAAACUGGACUUGCCUCAUGGAAUCCCUGGGACUGUGGCUGAACUUGAAUCAAUUGUGAAAGAGACAUUUGAGCUUAACGGGAACUUUACUUUGCAUUAUAAGGAUGCAGGUUUUGGAGAUGAAUAUUUUUCUCUUACCUCAACAAGUGAACUCCAGGACAAGGACACAAUAAAGGUGAUUCACGUUGUUGAACCUCCCACAUAUACUCUGACGUUUACUGAUCUGGACAGCACCAUUGAAAAUGAGACUUCCAUCCAUACCUCUGACCAUCCUUCAGUGACCUCCAUCAGUCCUAACAGCAGUUGCUCUACUGGAUCGGCUGAUACAGUCAUCCUCUCAUCACCUGAACACACAACUCGGCGUUCUCAGUGUUGGCCUACUGAAUUUCCAAUACCUCGUUUUGCCUAUGACACAGAACUUGUGCUAGCGUCAAGAAAUGAAGCUUUCAAAAAGGAUGGAAUUUAUCUGGUAUUCACCUCAAUCCUCCAAGAUAUCCUUGAGAAAGUGGCUGAAACUGUCUUUCAGUAUGUGGCCUACCCAACAAAUGCACAAUUGUCUGAUGUUGCUUUAGCACUAGUUCAAAAGCAUCCAUCCCUUAAAGAGCCGGGAUCAUAUAAUGGAUGCUAUGGAUGGCUACAAAGACUAAAAUAUAAAAUGGGAAAUUAUAGAUCAAAACUGAGAGGGUUAGGAUGUCCUGAAGUUGAUGUGAACUCUAUCAGAAAGAAGAGAGCACAUGACCGAGCACCUGCAAAAAAUAUAAAAAAGCCCAGAAGGGCAGAGGUGAACUAUUUACCCCCUCACCCACAAGGAGAAACUGAAGGAAGCUUGGAAAAUGAGAGACUGAACCUGUUUGAUGAAGUAAACAAGAGGGACAACCAUCAGAUCAUCACGGAAAAGAUGGCGAAGACUUUCUCCAUUCGUAGGCAAGAAAUCGUCAAUGAAGCACCAGCAGUCAGUGACUUGAUAGGCCGAUGGCCUGCUCUUUUUGAUGCAGCUCAGAUAAAUGAAGAAUUCAAACGCAUCUCUACCAUUAACCUGGAGCCGACAUUCAUGGCCAAACUGGACCAGUACUCCCCCAAAAUAAUGGCCUUGGUGUCCUCAAAAGGAGGGGCUGCAAAAAUAAAUAUUCAGCGAAUAAAGAACAUGUUGCUAGAGGAUGAUUCUGUGGAAAUGAGAAGAGAGGUUGCUAUUCGUGCCCUCAUUGUGUUCCUGAAAGAAAAGGAGGAAGACCUCUUCAAAGAGGAUGAUGGGGACAUUACCAACGACCUGAUGAAGAUUGUCAUAGCAAGAAGUGCCACACCAUCUAGCGCAAACAUUGUGAUUGAGGGAACCGAAGUCCUUGCAUACCUGAAUGUACCCAGAGCCUGUGCCUUGCUAAUGGGGCUGAUCUACUCGCUCAACCUAAGCUAUCCAAGGGAGUUGAGGCAUACUUUUGAGGUAUUUCAAAAGAUAUUCCUUGAGCUGGAUGGUCUGAAAGCUAGCCCAAGGGUAAUGUCUCUAAAAAAUAAGCUGCUGUGCUAAAAAUGUGAAGAAUUAAACUGCUGUCAUUGAGUUCCUCAGAAAAUGUAUCAAUAAUAUGACAAGUUUUGUUGUUCAUACAGAAGUCUUGCACUGUUGGCAUGCAAUUUAAUUUGUUUUAAUCCAAUUCUGUAUUUUUUUUGUAUUUGUAUUGUUUUUUUAAGAAAAGCAAAAAGGUACAAAGUAAAAGUUCCAUUGCCUUACAAGUUCCUUUUCCAUACUGUAAGUUGAAUGAUCGGAAAACUAUAGCCCAAAGGUAAUGUAUCUAAAAAAUGUACAGAAGUCUUGCACUGUUGACAUGCAAUUUAAUGUUUUAUUAAUCAAAUUCAAAUUGUUACUAUUAUUAUUUUAUUUUAAGAAAAGCAAAAAGGUACAAAGUAAAAGUUAUAUUGCCUUACAAGUUCCUUUUUAUAUAUGCUCCUUAAGUUGAAAGAAAACUUAAGCUCAAAGGUAAUGUAUCUGAAAAAUGUUACUCAGGAAAUGUAUCAAAGUUUUGUUGCUCAUACACAUAUAAAUAACACUGCCUCUUGGAAUUGAGUGUUCCAAAUCUGAUUUAUUUUAUUAUUUUAUUUUAAGAAAAGCAAAAAGGUGCUUACAUUUUCUGCAAAGGACAAUGUGCAAAAUGAGGCAAUGUUUUGUUUUUUGAUGCUUAGUCAGACUAAGAAUGUU